UGGACAAAUCAUGCGAAUGGUGUUGCGAAGAGAACGAGUGUUAGACCCAAGAUGAAGGAAGGGAGGAUGAAUCACUGCAGAACAUUUGCCCUCUGUUGCAUCCUCUCCAUCUUUCAAUCAGGAGGCGUUAAAGGUGUAAACAUCACCAGUUUUGGGAAUCUGGUCCGAGGCACGGUAGGAGGGGAAGCCCUGCUCUCUGUCCGGUACUCAAGCACCAGUUUGGAUCCACCAGUUAUUAAAUGGCAGCUAAAGAGGGAGAAACCUAUCACGGUGGUCCAGUCGAUCGGCACUGAGAUCAUCGGAAACCUGCGGCCGGAAUACCGAGACCGUAUCCUGGUGUUUGAGAACGGCACUCUCUUACUGCAUAACUUAAAGCUGUCUGACGAGGGAAUGUAUGAGGUGGAGAUCUCCAUCACUGACGACACCUUCACAGGGGAAGACUUCAUCGAGCUCACUGUGGAUGAGCCAAUAUCCACACCGUAUGUGGAUGUAAGUGCCACCGCUGUCCUGGAACUGACAGCACAUUUUACUCUGAACUGCUCUCAUGAAACGGGAACCAAAACCACGUACAGCUGGAUGAAAGGCGGGAAGCCGCUGGUUAACCACACUCGCCUGCUGCUGUCUCCUGACCAGAAGGUUCUGACCAUCACACGUGUAUUGCUUGUGGAUGAUGAUCUCUACAGCUGUCUGGUGGAGAACCCUAUUGGCAGUGCGAAUAGUUUACCCCUGAAACUCACCGUUUAUAAAAGAAGCUCCCUUUACAUCAUCAUUUCCACAGGAGGCAUCUUUGUCUUGAUCACUCUGGUAACAGUGUGCGCCUGCUGGAAGCCUUCCAAAAGAAGAAAAAGACAGAAAGUGAAGACAAAAACACCAAGAUCCAGUCCUGAAAGCCAACGUAUUACACAUGAGGAGAAACCAGAAGAUCAUGUCGUCCCGCUAAUGACGGAUCACGAGCCCAGGAAUCCAGUCUCACUUUACAUCCUGAAGGAAAAGGACCCUUCGAGCGAAGAGCCUGCCUCAGUGUGUAAAACGUGCACAAGCAACGGCGGCAGCCCUUCCAGCACCAGGAGCCCUGCCGCACCUCGUACACGCUCAACUGAAUCUUCAGCACGCACGUCCCGCCGUUACCCACGUACACCCACCAACUCCCCUCCAGUGCGCCACGGUCGUCGGCGGGGCCACAGCCGGAGUCCACCCGCUCGCGCACCCUCUCCACCACACACACGUGCCUCCACUAGCUCCUCCCCUCCAAACCGGUGGCCUGCAGAUUCACCUCUCGCCGAAGCAUCUAAAAGCUUCACCCAGCCUGUGAUGCUGCUCCAAGAGAUAGAAAAGGGACUUCCUGUCAACUAAGUUGAGUCCAGGAUGUGUUUAUGGAACUCAGAUCAAUGAAUGUAGAAAUAUGUAAAUAGAUUUUUUUCAAUCUUUAAACAAAAUGUUCCACGUUAGUGUCUUUAUUUUCAGAAUCAGAAUCUUUAUUCACCAAGAUUUAUGAGGAAAUUCUCGAAAAUCACAGUAGAAAGAAUAUUAUUCUAAAAUGAUAUUAUUAUAAAAUCCGCACUUGUACCUUGUCCUUAGGGUGAUGCUUUUAAGAGUACAUCUUUUUGCACCUUUAGUAUAUUUUAUUUCCCUAGAAAUGUGUGCACAGUGCUCAUUAUUUAAGCUUUAUUCUGUACAUGAAACUAUUUACAAACCGAUUACAAUCAUGUGUAAAAGAAAGUACACCCUCCUUCAAAUUUAUCCUAAGGUGGGUCUUCACCAACCUCUUUAAACAAUUAAUUUAAAAAAAAAAAAAAAAAAACAGCUUUCAAUAUGUAGUCAUUUUCCUAAAGUUCAAGCCAACAUUCAGAAACAGUAACCAGUUCAGAAAAAAAAUAAGUACACCCUUCCUUGCCAAGAGUUAUUACUUAAAUUCACAAAAUUAUUUACCCAUGAAGAAGUGUGACUGACUAUCUCUAUAAAACGCAUCUCUUUUUGGCAGGUUGGUGUUCUGGAGCACUUGAGUAUGUGUCUUCAUCAUGCUAAGAAGAAAAGACAUAUUAGAGAUGCAAGGGUUAUAAGGCCAUUCUUUAAAAAACACCCUGAAACUCAUUUUCUGUAGUAAGCCUUCCAGACAGGUCAGAGAGGUUAUUUGCUUGAGUAUAUAAGUUGGUGAGGAUAACAAAUUUGGUAUUUACACCCUGAUAAAUGGUGCACUUUGU